CGGAUAAUUCAUUCCGAUGUAAACCGCGGACGAGGCAUGCUUCAAUACACCAAGCGUCGUCGUACCGUGUUAACAGUGAUCAACUUAACCCACAAUUGUUACACAGCAUGUAAUUAACAACCGACGACCUUAAUUAUUAAUUAGACCAAUUAACGCGAGUAGUGCACCAAAGUUUUCAUUUUUACAAUCGGCCAUGAGGAAGUAUCAACAAUCUGUUUUAUUCACAAUACUUGUUUGCAUGGGGAGUUUUGUGGACGAAUCCAGUGCCGUGGGGUUGAACGAAGUGUUAGACAUAAUCAAACUCGCCAAAGACGUGGUAGUAGCAAUAGCUAAAGCGUGGAAUAUAGUCGAUCAACAUGUAGAUUUUUCCGAAAUUCCAAUACCACUCCUUGAUAAGACAGAGGCCAAACUAUUCGGUAAAAUAGGGGUUAUUAGUGCCAAAUUAGAUAAACUGGGAAGUAGAGUUGAUGAAGUAGGUACCUCUACUAUAGCCAUGGUUUUACAUACCCUCCCUGAUCGUGUACGUUUAGAACUUCGCCUAAAUGACCUCUUGAACUAUAUUACUAAAAUGGAUGUGAAUUAUCGCAGUUUUCAAAAUUAUGUCAAAGAUCAAAAUGAACUAGAAAGGUUAACAUUGGAAGAUUUUGCCAAACACGUCGUGUCCCAUGACAGUAACUCCAUAAAUAAUUUGAUUGAACGUAUUCAUGCUUUCAUCGCACCCAGCAGCCGGGGAAUUACCAACACCGGUUUGAUCACAUUAUUAUUGAAAUCAUUGGAGGAAGUAGAGGGUGAUAUGUUGUGCAAUUCCCAACAGUCACCACAACAGGUUCUUUAUAACUUGUAUAAUGCUAUAGCAUUAACUGAAUUGAAAGGCUAUACAAUGAUACAAUUUUCCUAUAUGUUACUGAGGUUAUAUGAUCAAGGUAAUUUUACAAAGGAAGCACAAUUAAUGAGAAACAGAUAUGAAGAAAGAACAAAUAAUGCUAUUGAAAUAGUUAAACAGUCUAUGAAAAAUGCAUCUAGAGCAUUGUGGAACUGUGAUCCUAAAAAACAUGUGAAAGGAGAAACAUAUGAAGAAAUUACCCAAUUACUUCAAGGUUAUAUUCAAAAUGAAGUUGACCUUAAUUCUGAGGGCACAUGCAGAGAAAAUUGUGUAGAAUACACCUAUACCAAAAGUCAUAGUUGUUUUAAAAAUUUGUACUGUCGCCAGCAAAGAAGAUGCAAUGGUAAAAUUAUAAAUUGUCAGUUCUUCGAUUCUGAUAUGUGGAUUUGCCCAGCUGACCCACUUAGUGGUAGGAGAUACGAGUAUGUAGAAUAUGAAAAUGGAAGAGUUCUUGGCAGAAAACAAGGUUGCAGUAGAGGUACCUCAAAGGUCGACAGUUGGUGGAGAUGGCUGUUUUGGCACUGUUCAUAUUGUUUCUGUCUUUGUGAUGAACAAGGCAGCAAUUCUGACAGAUACUUCAAUAUGAGGCCUACAUUUGCUAAUUUCAACGAUAAUCGGGUGGUUACCGGAUUACGAUUUGUUAAGAAAAAUCGAAUAAUACAUCUCCAAAUCCAAGAAGGGAAAUUAUUACCUAGAGGUAAAAUUGAUGUAGAUACAGUCCACUGGACACCUGUCGAGGAAUAUAAAAUAACCGAUAGAAAAAUUUUUAAUGGUCAAGAUUACCACACACUAAGCUGGGAAAAACGAGCUAUUGAUUUGGAUGAUUUAGAAGCUGAAGAAGGAUAUGUUUUAACAGGAAUACGGUUUAAAGAAAUAGGAUCUCAUUUAAAUUUUGAAAUAUAUGUUACUCCAUUUGAUUUUGAUACUGGAAAACUUAUCAAUCCAUCCAGUACAAGUGUUUGGAAAGAUAAUCCAAAUACAGAUGCUUCUAUAAAAAAUCCUAGGACCAAAGUUAAAUUAAGGCACCCAGACAUUCCCACUAGAUCACCGUCACCUUCAGUUCCAACCUCACAAUCGGAUCAAUACAUUGAAUUUGUAAAUUCUGACAUUGACCGAGAUGUUGCUCAGACAACUGUACCAUUUUUGGAUGCUCAAAAAGUGGAGUCACUUCAGCCAGUUCCUUUAAGCGGAGCAGGAAUUUUCCACAAAGGAAGGAAUAAUUUUGGAGGAUUUAUUACUCCCAAAAUCAUUACUUAUGAUUUUAGUAAACAUUUAAAAGCUGCAUUCCCGGGAGAAGAGAUCAAUUAAUUAUAUUAUAUUACAUAUACAUACUAAUAUUUGUGUCAUAAAGUUUUUAUUAACUGUUCAAA